GGCGUGGCGCGGGUGUCUCCGGCGGCGGGGCGGCCCCGGCCCUCAGAGCCGGGCGGUGCGGCUGCACGGCGCCGGGCCCCGCGGGCGGGAGCAGCGCGGAGCCGUCCCGGCCCCAUGCCGAGCGCCGCCGCCGCUGAGCCCCGCCAUGGGCAGCUGCGUGGGGCGGCAGCGCCGGGAGCGGCCCGCCGCCGGGAACCCCCGCAAGCGAGCAGGCCGCAAUGAGCCUCUGAAGAAGGAGCGUCCCAAGUGGAAGAGUGACUAUCCCAUGACAGAUGGGCAGCUGCGCAGCAAGCGGGAUGAGUUUUGGGACACAGCACCCGCCUUUGAGGGGCGCAAGGAGAUCUGGGAUGCCCUGAAGGCAGCUGCCUACGCCGUGGAGGCCAAUGACCACAGCCUGGCCCAAGCCAUCCUUGAUGGAGCCAGCAUCACCCUGCCCCAUGGGUCCCUGACGGAGUGCUACGAUGAGCUGGGCAACCGGUACCAGCUGCCUGUCUACUGCCUGGCACCUCCUGUCAACCUGAUCCUGGAGCGGAGCGAAGAGGAGGCAGCAGAGCUGGCCGAGCCCCUGCCCAACAGCCGCCGGGAGUUCGGCCUCAAGGUGCGGCUCUCCACCGGCAAGGACCUGCGGCUCAGCGCCAGCAUGGGCGACACCAUUGGGCAGCUGAAGAAGCAGCUGCAGGCGCAGGAGGGCAUUGACCUGGCCUGGCAGCGUUGGUUCUUCUCGGGCAAGCUGCUCACUGACCGCAUGCGGCUGCAGGAGACCAAGAUCCAGAAGGAUUUUGUUGUGCAAGUGAUUGUCAACCAGCCCCUGCCGCCCAGGAACUGAACCACCCCCACACUGGCUGUGGGGAGAGGAGGGCUGGGGGGGAGGCAGCGGCACCUCUGGGGAUGCCCUGCGCCACGUCACAGCCCUGCUGGAGCUGGGGCAGCCCCUCUUCCCCCCGGGGCUGCCCCCCCUCCGGGUGAUGCCCCAGGAAGGUCUGCAGGGGGCAGUGCUGCCAUGAUAGCCCCGCUCGACUGAGGACACGGGUUGAGUGCUGGAUUUGCGGCAGGAGGUUUGAGACCAAAGUCUCUGGGGUGGUCAGCAUGGCCAGGGCCCCACUGCCGAGCUCUGCCGGCAGGGAGAGACCAUGACCUACUGGGCUCUGGCUUUCCCUGGCCAGGAGGCCCUGGGGUGCUGGGCUGGGUGGAGAAGUCUCCCCCCUGUACAUAGUCUGUAUUUAUCAAUAAAGUCUUUUAAUCCUU